AUGAACCGUGAGGCUCCUUUAUUAGCCGCUGCAGUGGGUCCGCUUAUAUCGUUGUCUUGCUGUACGUUGUGUAUCUUUACAUACGGCUGUUCGGCGCAGGUAAAGAUCGCGGACCCUGCAACAGGCCUCGAGCAGCUUACAGGCACAUCUGGUGAAGUUUGGUGCCGAGGCCAUAACGUCUUCCUUGGAUACUACAAUGACGAGCGGAAGACGAGGGAAUGCAUCACGCGAGCUGGCUGGUUCAAAACUGGUGACGUAGGUGUAAUGGACGAAGACGGCUACGUGAGUAUCGUCAGCCGAAUCAAGGACAUCGUAAUCCGAGGUGGAGAAAAUAUCUUUCCGGCCGAGGUAGAAGAAGUGCUCAACACCCAUCCCGCCGUCCACGAGAGUCUGGUGAUUGGUGUACCAGACGAGCGGAUGGGGGAGGAACUCUGCGCGUGGAUAGUACUCAAGGUGAAUGCAGAAGUGACAGAUGAAGAGUUGAGACAUCACUGCGAAGGAAAGGUAAAUAACAUUGCCAAAAAAAAUAUUCCAAGGGGUGCCAAGUGA